AUGUCACGAGAAACAAAUUUCAAUGGAACUAAGAGGAAGAGGUCGGAUGUUGCCGAGAAAGUAGCACAACGGUGGAAGAGCGUCAGGUAUAGUGCUGAAAUGGAGAAUAUGGCUCCGGUCAACAGUAACAAUGAUAGCGACGACUGCGUCAUAGUCAGUGAAUCGAAAAUCAUUGAUUUGACUAAUCAGGAACAAGAUUUGAGUGAGAGAAUAGAAACAAACGAUACGGCAAAAGGUGCCGUUUUUAAACUAAUGAAAUCGGACUUCUAUGAAAGAGAGGAUUUUAUGGGAGAAGUAGAGGAUAUGAUUACAUUGAAAGAUAUCUUUGGCACUGAGACACUAAAAAGAAGCAUACUCUUCAGUUUCCAAUACGAACUUGAUUUCUUGUUGAGACAAUUCCACCAGAACGUAGAGAACAUAACCAUCGUCGGCCAAAAGGGUACUAUUAUGCCUAUCGAAGCCCGUGCUAUGGACGCGACACUGGCAGUAAUAUUAAAAAAGGUCAAACUUAUUGAAAUAACGAUGCCCCCAUUCGCUUCCCACCAUACGAAGCUGAUCAUAAACUUUUACGAUAAUGGCGAAUGCAAAAUAUUCUUGCCAUCUAACAAUUUUACGUCAAUGGAGACUAACCUGCCUCAACAGGUGUGUUGGUGCAGUCCCCUUUUGAAAAUAGGUAAAGAAGGGCUACCAGUACCGUUUAAGAGAAGCUUGAUAGAAUACCUCAAUUCGUACCACCUGAAAGACAUUGACGAAUUGAUUACAAAAAGCGUAGAGGAAGUUAACUUUGCUCCUUUGAGCGAAUUAGAAUUUGUAUAUUCUACGCCCUCCAAAUUUCAGUCGUCGGGUUUACUGUCGUUUUACAAUAAACUAGAAAAACUUUCUGCUGGCACAAGUGCUAGUGAUACUGCAAAACAUUAUCUAUGUCAAACUUCAUCCAUAGGGACAUCUCUAUCAAGAGCGCGAGACGAAAACUUAUGGACACAUCUAAUGAUUCCUCUGUUUACCGGAAUCAUGUCCCCUCCAGCAAAGGACACCGCUGGGAGGAAGAAAGCAGAAAUACUGCCAACGAAUUCAUUGAUUAAUGAAUAUUCGCAGAGAAAAAUCAAGCCGUACAUUAUUUUCCCCACCGAACAAGAGUUUGUCACCAGUCCCUUAAAGUGGUCCAGUUCCGGGUGGUUUCAUUUUCAAUAUCUUCAGAAAAAGAGCUACUACGAAAUGCUGCGAAACAAGUUCAAAGUAUUUUACAAGCAAGACCCUGCUAUGGUUACUAGAAGACGAGGGACGACGCCCGCGCACUCUAAGUUUUACAUGCAUUGUGCAACAAACUCCGCAGGGCCCUGUGAUGCAUCGCAGGUAUUUAAAGAACUAGAAUGGUGCCUUUAUACUUCGGCAAACCUCAGCCAAACAGCAUGGGGCACCGUUUCAAGAAAACCACGCAAUUAUGAAGCAGGAGUGCUUUACCAUAGUCGCAGGUUAGCAAAUACCAGGAAGGUCACGUGCCGUACUUUUACACGUGACCGUAGAGGCUGCGCGGGUAAUCCCACCCAUGUGGCCGUGCCAUUCACGCUGCCAGUCAUACCAUACGACUUAGCUGAGGACGAGUGCUUUUGCCUUGCUCGUCAUGAGAACGACUAA